GGAGUGGGGCGGGUCCUGCGGGACAGCUAGAGCCGCACCUAGGCACUGCUGUGCUUCUCAGGUCUGUACCAGGCGCACGAAGGUGAGCCAGAGCCAAGAUGGCUGUCCUCUCUAAGGAGUAUGGAUUUGUGCUUCUCACUGGUGCUGCCAGCUUUGUGAUGGUGCUCCACCUAGCCAUCAACGUGGGCAAAGCCCGCAAGAAGUACAAGGUAGAGUACCCUGUCAUGUACAGCACAGAUCCUGAGAACGGGCAUAUGUUCAACUGCAUUCAGCGCGCCCACCAGAACACGUUGGAGGUGUACCCUCCCUUCCUGUUUUUCCUAACGGUGGGAGGUGUUUACCACCCGCGCAUAGCUUCUGGCCUGGGCCUGGCCUGGAUUAUUGGGCGAGUCCUUUACGCAUAUGGCUACUACACAGGAGACCCUAGCAAGCGGUAUCGAGGAGCCGUGGGCUCUCUUGCCCUCUUUGCCCUGAUGGGCACCACCGUGUGCUCUGCUUUCCAGCAUCUCGGCUGGAUCAGACCAGGCUUAGGCUACGGGUCCAGAUCCUGCCACCACUGAGGUGUGGAGGGCCUUCCGACUCUCACUCACCUCCAGCGACUCACCCUGAUUUCCAGUUGCACUGGUUUUUUUUUUUUUUUUAAUAUAAUAAAAACUUAUCUGGCAUCAGCCUCAUACCUAAAGCUCCUGCCUGCAUCUCUUUCUGAGAGUCUUAGUGAAAUAAUGGUGCCAUUUCUACCCAUUACGAGCAAAGCUGUGAGCGCACCCCACCCCCACCCCCGCGACACAGUCUGUGAAUCGGUGAUGAAGUCAUGGUGAUGAGGACGGAAAAAUUCAUCCUCGGCUCUAGUUCAAAGUACCGCUUGAUGCUAAUAAUUAACGGUAUGGACUUUUUUUUUUUAAUCUAUUGAAGAUUGUUUAUGUUGCUUAAAAGGUUAAGUAAUGAGCUCAGUCACAUGAGCAGGUAACGACGCUUGUCACAAAGCCUGAUGGCCAUGUGUUGAUCUGGCUCCCACAAGUUAGCCCCUGACCUCUACGCGUGCACUGUAUGUCGCACACGUAUGUAACACCUAUACAAAUAAACGUUAACUGUUUAAA